GUGUUUCAGGUAGCCAGUCUGGUUGUAGGGUAGAUCAGAUCGUGGUGGUGAUGGAUGAGGACCUAGUUUUGGCACUCCCACGUCAGAAGGAGAGGAGGCUACAGGCGCCAGAGCUCAGUUGGGGCCAGAAGCGAAAUGAGGCCCAGGAGGGCGGACAGGCUGGGGAGCAAUAUGAGCCCCCCGGCCCCCUGUCGCUGGUGGACGCGUCCUGGGAGUUGCUGGACCCCACCCCGGAUCUGCAGGACCUGUUUGUGCAGUACAACAAUAGGUUCUUCUGGGGCCAGCUCAGGGAGGUGGAGGUGAAGUGGAGUCUGCGGAUGACCCUGUGUGCCGGGAUAUGCAGCUACGAAGGGAAGGGCGGGAUGUGCUCCAUUCGGCUCAGCGAACCCCUUUUGAAGUUACGACCAAGAAGGGAUCUUGUAGAGACCCUGUUGCAUGAGAUGAUACACGCCUAUUUAUUUGUCACUAAUAAUGAUAAAGAUUGGGAGGGGCACGGUCCAGAGUUUUGCAAACACAUGCACCGCAUCAAUUGUCUGACUGGAGCCAAUAUAACAAUACGUCACACUUUCCACGAGGAGGUGGAUGAGUACCGGAGACACUGGUGGCGCUGCAAUGGGCCCUGUCAGCACAGCAAACCCUAUUACGGUUAUGUCAGGCGUGCUAUUAACAGGGCCCCCUCUGCCCGCGACUGUUGGUGGGCCAAGCACCAGAAAACUUGUGGAGGCACUUACAUAAAAAUCAGAGAACCCAAAAACUACUCAAAAAAAGGCAAAGGCAAGACAAAACUGGGAAAGGACUCCAUAUCAACAGGAGAGAAUAAAGAUAAACCCCACAAAGACGAGAGACAACCGUUAAUCCCUUUGAGUGAGAAGGGAUACAUUCUAAGAGAAACAAACAGUUCACCUUCGACUGGAAAAUUUGUCACUUCACAUACCAUCAGUAAAAGUCACGAUCUUUUAAGUCAAGACCAUACAGCUAAUGAGAUAAGACCUAAUUUUAAAACUGAGGUGGAAAUUGAACAGAAUGGUUCAAACGAAAAAACGUCUUUUGUAGUUUCCCCUCUACUCAACACCAGUCACCAAAAUGUUUUAAGCCACAACUUUCUUAGAGUAUCAGUUGCUGACCAAAUUACUUUCAAAGGUGUGGAUGAAUCUCCAGUGAAAAGUUUAACAGUUGAUGACAUCACUAAAAGUUCAGUAUCUUCUCAUUCUAGAAAAAGGUUUAAAUCUUCUAAGAUAUCCCUAAGAAAUUCAUUAAAAGCAGUAGAAUUGACAUCUGUGACUACAUCUCAGGAUGGGAAGGGGCCUGAAGAUAAAUUCCCAAAUAAAAAACCCAGGCUAGAAGAUAGGCAUGCUUUUGACAUUGCGUUUAUCAAGGAAGAGCAAAGUCAAAGUGAUGGUAAUGAUCCAAAGUGUAGUUCACACCCAGUAGCUGAAAAUCAGAAACGCGGUGGUUCAUUCCGUCGCUACAAAGUGGUUUAUUGUCCUGUUUGUCAGAAUGAAGUUUUGGAGUCUCAAAUUAAUGAACACUUAGACUGGUGCCUUGAAGGUGAUAGCAUCAAAGCCAAAAGCUGA